AUGAAUAAAAUUAAUAAAAACAAUGCUUCAGAAACUGUUAGGCAACCUAUUUUGUCCAACGAUCAAAAAUUAUUAUUAAUUAAAUUAAUUGCAGAAUACAAGGAAAUUUUAGAGAAUAAAGCUACAGACAAAGUUUCCGCGAAAAAAAAAAAUUCAACUUGGAAAAUUAUUGCCGAAAAAUAUGCAGAAAGUUAUGAACCAAAACCUUCUGACAGUAUCAUAGUGUUUUGGAGGAAUAUCAAAACCAAAGCCAGGAAAUAUUCAAGUGCUCUGAAAGCAGAAGCUAUGAAAACAGGAGGAGGGAAAACAAGUGUUGACAAUGAUCCGGUGAUGGAUGCGGUUUUGGGUGUCAUACAUCAAGCAACUGUUCGAGGAUUUAUUAAUAAGUAUGAUAAUGAUGGUGAUUCAUCCACGGUGGCGGAUAUCAUUAAUGUGGAGGAUGAGGGAUCCGAAAACGAUGUUUUUGAGUAUUUGCUGAGCAACCAACAAGUUCGGGAUUGGGCGAAAAUCGAUCCAUCUAAUUUAAAAUCUAAAAUAAGUGCUCCAUUAAAAGCCAACAAACAUAAAAGUACUUCAGCCAAACCGUAUGAUAACGUCCUUCAAGAAAAACAUAUGUCUCCAAAAGAUGAGCUUGCAGCUAUAUUAAAAGAGCAAGCUAUUGAAAAACAUCAAUAUGAGAUGGAAUUACUUAAAAUUAAAAUUCAAAGAGAACAUUUAUUAUUUGAGAAAAUCCAGGAAGGAGAAUAUUUCCCUGCUGAUUCUAACAGCGAAUAAUUUUAAUGUUUGUUUUAUUUGCACAAUAACUUGGUAUUUUUUAAAAAUAAAAACUUAUUUAAAGUAAAUAAUAAAUCAUCAAAUAAUGUAUUAAAGCACUGUACAGUAAUGAAUGACUGGAUAUAACAAUAUACUGCAAUAAUAACUAAUAUUUAUUGUUAAACUGUA